CUCUGGAAGACACUACCAAUCAGCCAAACCCUAGAACGUCAAAGUCUGACUCACUCCGACUCCUGGGCAUGCACGACACGACGCUCUUGUCACUAUUUGUCUUACGUUUGGUACGUAGUCCAUAAAAAAAUUCGUCGUUUAUCCUGCAUUCUUCGUAACCAUUUCCGUCAGUGAAAUACUAAUCUUGCAAAAAACUCUGUGACAAUUUGUUAACUCAACAUUCAAUUUCAUACCGGCUCAUAUUUCCCAGUCAGCGAAUCAAAAAUCUAAUCAUGCAACUGGACUGAUUAGCCCACCAUUCAUUAAGCGUGUCCGAAAUGGGAGCAGUUCGCGACAUUACGAGCUCUUUGAGUUGACAGUGCAAAAAUUUUAAGGGAAGUGAGAGAUAAUAAAAUCUCUUCUUGAAAAAGGCUGAGUCAAUAAUCGCCAUUACUUGAGCCGACUUCCAAAAGUCACAACUUGCUAAAACUCACUCGUGCAGCAACGUGCACGUGUACAUUUAACUCUGCUUAUUAACCAAUCCAUCAACCAGUUGUUGGUCAAUCACAUCACGUAUUAAUCAUAUCCAAAAUUACGUGUGGGCAAGCAAACGGACUCGAUUUUUUAUCUCAUCGGCUGAAAAUCUACCGGUUUUGCUCCAGAUUAUUUCGUGGAAAACGCCGACCCCGCGUCACUUGUAGCAGCCAAUCACCCUCACGCUCCACCUUGAUUUGAUGCCCACUUAUCUCCCUGCUUGUCACUGUGUCGAUAAGAACAAGGAGCCAGCAGAGAAGCUGGUGCUGAUGCUACCAAAAUGCUUGAAAAGAAAGGGAUUAGCGGUUCCGGGGUUCACUGUUCGUCUUCAACCUCCUCCGAGUCAGACGUACUUCUCCAAAUUCCCCCUCUAAGUCUUCACCACCACCACAAUCAUGGUCUCCAAGAACUUCCGGAAGAAGGAGAGUUGGACAUUGGGAAGUUGACUUUGCCCAGCAGCGGAAGUGGCGGCGGAGGUGAUGUCCCUGACGAGGUCGACACGAAGAACAACCUGCAGCGAAAAAGUAAGGGCAGCUCGAUCCACUCUUCCGACGAGAUUAUAAACGAAGAAGAACACCUCACCAUCAGCGACAAUGACAUUCCCAUCAUUCCGGGCAUGAUCUGCAACUCUGUGACGGCAAACACCUCCGACGCGGAUUUCGACUCUGCCUUCGAAGACAGUCUCUACUCUGGCAGUUCGGACGACAAGAACAAAAACAAGAGUGGUGAAAACUCUGGUGGAUUUGCCGUUGGCGGAGCAGCCAUGUCGUCGUCUUCCAUCUUGAAGAGUAAUACCAAGAGUCGUCGAAAGCCUUCAAACGCAGGGGUUGGCAUCAAACCGAUUGAACAUCAACCACCACAAAGCAGUGGAACGUAUUGCAAAGGGAUUUCCGAGCUGGGAGGAGAGGGCGACGAGGAAGGAGGAGGUGGCAAGAGGGAAAGCUCUCCCGAGGAGGUGCAGCCUCAACAAUAUUCAAUUUCCCCACUCUGUGGGAAGACGACUAACCAAGGAGACGACGAGAUGUAUGGCAAUUACUUACAUUUGGACGACUAUCUAGACAAUCAUCAUCAUCAACUUCAUGAACCUGAACUCACUCUAUUUGAGAUGGAAGUUUCUCCAGCAAAUCAUCCACAGCUUGAGGUCAUGCCUGCCCUGCAUGGAAAUGAUAUCAUAUCCUCGCAUCACAAAGUCCAGCCAGACGAGUAUGAGGAGGACGACUGCUUCAGCAAAUAUGGACCCAACAUUGCCAGACGAUGCUCCGACUCCAAAGGUCACAAAAACAGGAGGGUUCACUACGACGAUAUGGACGACGGGAAACGGACAACCAGGGGGCAUGGUUACUCGGAUGAGGACGAAAUCAGCGAGCAUGACGUGGGCGACGAGGCUGGUCAAGGACUUCUGGACACCAUCCUUCUCGCACCCCCUCUCGACAUGGAGGUGCAACUAAGCCCCGUGGGGAGCCUAAGUGAUGACAUGAACUUGAACGUGACCUCUGAAAACUUACAAACAGCGGAUCCUAAAUGCCCACCUCAAUUUCGUGGAGAUGAAGGGCUUAUCAUCAAACCAAGAACAUCAGGUCCGACUGCUCCUUUGAGAUUCAACCAACCAGGAAAACAAAAUGGAGAAAGUACCGUGCAACCUGGCGUCAUUUUUUGCGGCACUCCAGCCAGCUCCUUCGUCUCAAACUCGUCCCCAACAUCCCCCGGAGAUGGAAACAAUGCAAUUUCCCUCAUCCCAGACGCGGACAGAAGCAGCGAGGACUACAACGUCGUUUACGUCGUUCCAGACGGUGGCUGGGGAUGGAUGGUUCUCUUCGGCUCAAUCCUCGUCAACAUUUUAAUUCCUGGAACGGUGAAAUCCUUUGGAAUACUUUUUGUCGAAUUUUUAGAAGUCUUUGACGCCACUCCAGCAGCAGCUUUAUGGAUUCCUGCACUCAGCUACUGGCUUUACAGUUCCAUGGGUCCUUUUGCUGGAGCACUCGCUACCAAAUACUCGCAUCGGUCCAUCACCAUCGUGGGAGGCUUGUUGGCUUCCUUUGGACUGAUGAUCAGCUAUUUUGCAACUUCUAUUCCGUACUUAUACGUGAGCUACGGGCUAAUUGGUGGACUUGGAGCAGGGCUGGCGUAUCCCAUCGGAGUUUUCAUGGUUGGACAAUAUUUUGAAAAGCGCAGGGGGCUUGCUAAUGGACUUUGCACGUCGGGAAGUGCACUUGGCUCUGUUCUUAUACCUCCACUUCUUCGCGUCCUGCUCAGCGAGUACGGUUACAGAGGGGCGAUUUUAAUCAUGGGAGCAAUACUGUUAAAUGUCUGCAUUGGAGCAAUGUUUUACGAACCUGUGAGCAAACAUAUGAAGAGAACAUUAGUCCCUCGGGACAAAUCAAUACCAAAAUCACCGCAGGAACAAGUCGACCAGUCGAACCAGGCUCAAAUAGAAUCCAAACCAAGUCAGCAAUUACACCAACGACAGGUGUCCAGUCCCAUCGCUAGAACGGUUCAAGCUCCUGCACGAGAAAUUGCUGCUUCGAUGCCAAUCGCGAUUCCAAUGCCUCAACUUAUGUCAGACUUUCGAGACAUGACCAAUCGUCGAGGUUCCGGCAACGGGCGCAAAGCUACUUUCCAGAUUGGACAAGAGGAUGAAUCAUGGUCGUAUCAAUCGAAUGAAGUGGCAAGCCCACUGGCAGCCCGACUUGUCAAAGAAGAACAUCCAUGCGCUGGAACCAACAGUCCAAACAAGUGGACAUUUUACAAUACAGGGAUCCGAGUCCGUGGUCACCUUCCCGGAACUGGUCCUUCCAACGAUUCCAACCCUGAACUGGAAACCUUGAUCCACUCCAACAGCUCGGGAACCAUUGUUGUGCCCCCACCCACAUCCACACCCGCUGGAGGAGGAGCUGCCCCGAAUCUUUCUGGCAUCGGUGCAAGUCGUGGUCAAAGUCGUCUCAAUCUCACAGCCAUUCCCGAGGAUGACGAUACCGCUUCAGAGACCACUAGCCGACAAAUGGACUGGACAUAUUACAGCGCUCUCCCAGCAGCAAAACAACGCCUUCUCCGUCUAUCCGUUAGUGGGGGGACUCAACUCAUGGCUUCUUCUUCGGGUGGAACUACUUCUGUUGGUGGAGGGUCCCACAGCGCUCACCCGUCCUCUAUUGCGCUCGUCAACCAAGGCGGCACCGGGCUUACCAGAACAUUAUCAGUCGCUUCGAACGUUUCCAACUCAUCCUUCCACUACAUGAGCACUAUCCAUCACGGAAGUUUACUCACAGCGAUGCAAUUUGAUAAGAACAUUCCCGAAUUUGCAUCCACCUUGACCCUCAAGUCAGUCCGUCAUUCUUGCUGCCCACGGCUCUCUACGCUGAAAGGAUUCAUUCGCAAACUUACCUGUGGAUUUUGGCCAAAAUCUCAAGAUGAACACGACAGCAAUCAAGGUAUCAUGACCAGACCGGGCGAUGCUGCCGACGUUGAACACGACUCCCCACUGAAAAUGAAACCCAAACGAAGCGAGAGAAUUAAGAAAUUUAUUGACUUUUCCCUUCUCAAGGAUGGAAUGUAUUUGAUAAUGUUGAUGUCAAACUCCACCACAGCCGUAGGAUACACCAAUUUCAUCGUACUCCUUCCAUCUUACGCUCUUGCACUGGGCUUUGACAAAUCCCAAGCUGCUUCCCUCCUAUCAAUCGUCGCAGCACUGGAUUUCAUCGGACGUAUCGGUGGCGCUGCUCUGAGCGACUUACAAUUCGUAUCUCGUAAAUGGUACUACAUCAUUGGGCUCUUUUUUUCCGGCAUUGCGCUGGCAUUCCUCCCAUGUGCGAGGACAUAUACCUCCCUCGUCGCAAUGUGCGCUUGCUUUGGUCUGGCGUCUGGAACGUACAUUGGAGUGACGGCAGUGAUUCUGGCGGACGAGCUGGGCGCCGAGAAAUUGGGUUCUUCGUACGGGAUUAGUUUAUUUCUGAACGGCCUCCUUCAGCUUAUUGGUCCUCCCUUGUGCGGUGCGGUGUAUCAGCACACGGGGAAACUGGAGCCAAUUCUUACAGGGUUAGGCAUUACGCUUAUCAUGGGUUCUCUAAUGUGGAUCUUUGCACCCUUUAUCGAGCGGAAUCGUGCACGGAAGGAACAGUUAAGGUUGCAGAUGGAAGAACGAGUGGGAGAAAGUGCUCCUGCUCAAGCUGUACAAAAUCAAAAUGUUUCUACUAUCAAUACCAGAUCUGAAACAAGUCUAGUUUAGAUUACGUAUUAUAACCUUACACCGAUUUUUUUCUAACUUUCAUCUGAAAUUCAGCAGCGUAGCUUAUUCUUAGAUAGCAGUAGGAUGUACAAGUUUUAGGGAUUUUAUACACACAUUUUUCAUUGUUAUUGGUUCUUCAUAUAGAUAUAGUUUGACCGAUUGGGAUCAUUUGUCGAUAUUUACUAUUUAUUUCAGCAUAAUUGGGAAGAAUGAUAGAUAAAUUUGUAACUUUUGUGAAUGUAUCGCGUGUGCAAUUAUGUUAAUUAAUGUUGUUGUGCCAGGACUGUGAUAACUCUGUGAUAAAUCACACUCCCAUUACAUUCAUUCAUUCAAGCAUCUGCUGAAAAUAUAUCAAUAUGUUUCCAGUCAAUUAGUAAAUUUCCUCCUCGCAAACAACUCAAUUCUUAGCAAUUUAGGAUAUGUAGAAAAACGUUUCUUGAGUCGUUAUACAUAUGGUAAUUUUUAUGUGCUUCAAUAGUUUUUAGCAAAUUGAUACAAAGUCGUGCGAGGUGAAAAUACGAGGUACGAAAAUACCUAUGUACUAUUUCAAUACUGGUUUAUUUAAGAUCUGUGUGCAAUUCUUUUGUUUAUUUUUAUCAGAGUAAUAAUUUAAUCUGUGAGUAGUUUCCAAUUGUAGAUUUGGUUGUGUACAUUUUGAGAGGACGAGCGUUUCAUGAAGAUGAUGUGACAAUGAGAUAGCAAAUUAUAUUUAUAUUCUGCAGGAACGACUAGCUUUUUCUUAAAAAGUGUAAAUAUUUCCGAUUGAGAGAACUGUAAUGCAAGGAAAGAAUGAUGACAAUGAUCUUCCAAGAUAUGUAGUAAUAGUUGUAAAAUAUGUAAAAUACGUAACACUAAUAUUUCGCUGAAUACGUGAUGAUUAACUAUCUUGACUUGAAACGCCAUGUACAACUAUUUAAUGUAUUACACUAUAUUGCAUGAAAUUUGUAUGAUGAAUUCCUACUUAAUGUUGAAGAAGGUAACAAUUAAAGGUAACAACUGAUCUAUCUUCUCCUCCUCCUCCUUCGUGCAUAAAUAAAUAAGUCCUAGAAAAUAAGUCAACAGAGAUAUGCGCCGCGAUGAAUUAAAUUAUUACUAAAAGCUGUUAUUGUAGAUACAAAAAUGAAUUAUGUAGCUGAAAAAGAAAAUGAUUGUGGUCGUAGUCAAAUGUUAUUCGUCAAGUACGUAAAUACAUAUAUAUGCGUCCCUUAAUGUAAUAUAUGCUGUACGUAGUUAGCAACAAACAACCAAAUGUUACCGUUACUUGCAACGUUAUAGAUUAAAUAAAAAUGUAUUCUUACUUGUUA